AUGGCUAGUAUCCUGGCCUCGGAUGAUAAUGCUCUCAGCGCGGCGCGAGUGGUAACAGCAUUGGACAAUGAUCCACUUGACCCUUCAUCAGAAUCCCAAACCAAAGGCUACAUCAAUACGCGCCCUCUACGACCAACAUGCUCGCCGGAACAAUCUGCGAGCAACUGGAUCGAGCAUUCUGCCAUAAUUGCUACUGCACAAACCCACCUCUGGUGA